UGACAGUAAGUGACAAUCCAGAUGGGUGACAUCGAUGACAUUUGUAGGAGUGUCAAAGAAUUUCCGAAUAACCGGCAUAUUCGGCUACGUGUUUCAUAUUAACAAAAGUUUGAAUAGAAUUGUUUUUGGGCACAUAGACUACAAAAUGGGCGUGUCCAGUGGCGUAUCCUUGGCGCUAUCAUCCAUAUUUUCAGUCCUUCUGUUCUCAGCUAUGCAAAUGUACCGGCCAUUCUUUGCUGCAACGCAAAUCAACACUAUCAUUGGUGGCUUUCUCGGAUCGUGGCUGUUCAUCCUUGCACUGACGGCCGUUUCUAAUAUGGAGUCUGUCGUUCUGGGUUCUGGAUUUCAAGCGAAACUCUUUCCGGAAAUAGUAUUUUGUUUGAUCGGAGCGACAUUUGCUUGCGGAAUGAUUCAUCGUGUAUGUGCGUCGACGUGUUUCAUGUUUUCAUUGCUUGCGCUGUAUUACGUCAAUAGACUGUCGCAGAAGGCACAAAAUGCAACAACAGCGCAACCGGAUGCUCAUACGUCGAAGAAGAAGAGAAAGUGAAGCUUUUGCACAAUUUCUGAACAAAAUUUGUAAAAUUUUACGUAAAGCAAAUCGAACAAAUGCAUUCUGGAAAACCUUGUGAACACUAUAAAGUACUCUCUAAUGGGAGAAAAUACAAUUCUUUUUUGCUACUAAA